AUGUCUUUCAUCAAAGACACUUUCACCAAAGUUAAAACCGAAAUUGAACAUUUUGGUGAAAAAGAAUGGCAUAAUUGGGGCCAAAAUCAGAAAUGUACACCUGAUGAAAUUUUUCGUCCUGUAAAUUUGCAUGAUUUAAAAAAAAUUGUCAAAAAAGCAAAGGAAAAUAAUAAAAAAAUUCGAUGUGCUGCUGCAGGUCAUACUUGGAGUAGCUUUAGCGUUACUAAUGGAUAUUUAGUAAUAGUUACUGAUUUGAAUGAUAUUGAGAUUCAAUAUAAUGAAAGAUUGAAAACUUGGACAGUUACCACCGAAGCAGGUGUAUACCUUAAAGAUCUCGAUGAAAAAUUAAGGAAACAUGACCCUCCAUUGACAUUGGAUGCUGCAACUGUAUUGAAUACUGUGACAACAUCUGGCAUUGUGUCGACGGGCUCUCAUGGUGCGAGAUGUAUAAAUUCAACCAUCCCAGAAAAAGUUAUCUCUUUUCAAAUUGUAACUGCCGAUGGUGAACUUCGUGAGUUCUCUGAUGAGAUAGAUCCUGUUGAAAUGAGUGCCGCUAGAAUCAGUUUUGGUCUCUUAGGAAUUAUAUAUAAGCUCACUCUUAAAGUCGAACCAAUGUUUAAUCUCGUAAUGAAAGAUACCUUCCCUGCAAUUUCAGAUUAUUGGGAACCAGCAAACCUCAAAAAUGAUGUAUUGAAUAAUGAUAGCGUUGAAAUUUUCUAUUGGCCAUUCAAUACACCAGGUCUUGAAGGAAAAAAUGAUAAACUUUGGGUAAAAACUUGUAAGAGAACCGAUUUGAAUGCUACGGAGAUUCAAAAAGAAGUGAAAUUGGUGUCGGCCUACCAAAAUUUUGAACUCGAAUUUGGGGAUCACAUUUAUGAACACCUUAUUAAAUUUCCGGAAUCUACCCCAUACAUUACUCACCUUCUCUUUAAAACUGGUGUUGAAUAUGAAAGUGAAAACAUUAUACCAGCUCCUGAUGCAAUUCAUUAUCAGAAAGGUAUUGAUCACAUUCCUUGUAUGGACCUUGAGUUUGCUAUCAAGAUUAACCAUCGUAUACCAACUAACAAUUAUACUAUAAAAAUCAAGGAUUUUUCAAAUGUCAUCGACGAAGUCAAUUACAUUGUUAAACGGCUUUAUGAAUUUGCUACAGAUAAACAAUAUCCAUUAAAUCUUACAGUAGAAUUUCGAAUCAACAAGGCAUCUAAAUGUUUGCUCGCUUCAACGUAUGACGAAGACCCAGAUGCAUAUUAUUGUUUACUUGAAAUUUUAUCUAUUAAUGGUACUCAAGGUUUCCUUGAUUUUUCAAGUGAGCUAGCCGAAAGAUGGAUGAGUAAAUAUAAUGCUCAACCGCAUUGGGGUAAAAUGUGGGAACAUGUACCUGGUAUUAUUCCAUAUGUACGUAAACAUUUGGGAAAACGUUUGAAUGAGUUUGAAAGGAUCAGGGCGAAAUAUGAUCCUGAUGAACACAAAAUACCCAAUAUAUCUAGGAGUAAAACCUCAAACAGUUCAAUAAUAACAAAGGCUAAAGCCCUUGUUUCAGCAAAGAGAAAGGCUACAAAAGCUUUACUUCAAGAACAACCAAAUAAAAAAUACAAAAUUAUAGAUUCUCUUAACAAAGAAGUCAAGAUUAAAGGCUCUUCUGGUCUUCAAUACACAGAACCUAAACCAAACACAAGUAUUUUGCUUACAAAUCCCAUCAAAAAUACAAAGAAAUAUGAGUUAACUACUAGCAAGGAAAAACUGGGUAAACAAAACAACAAAGCAAUGCAUGUGUCUGAAAAGGUUCCAGAAAGUUCUGCAUCAUUAAGUCAUGUAGAAACACUACCUAAAAGUCCUGAACCUUCUCCCACUACAAAAGAUCCUGUAUUACCUUUGCAAGAAGAACCAGCAAUAACUAAAAUACAAGAGAAACUUUCAAAAGAAAACAUUCCUGUUUCAAACUUGGAAGAAAACCCCAAAGAGAAUACUGAAAACUCAGCUAAUCUUAAUACAAUGAUGAUACACACAGAAGAGGCAACUAAGAAGAAUGAUAAAACUGAUGACAAACUAGAAUCUCUCUAUAUUCAAGAAGAAAUAGAAAAUCAAU